CAUACCCAAGCAACAGAAAGUCAUUGCAUAUAAUAAACGGUGUGCUGACGACAUAGAUGCUCCGAAACAGAAGGAUCAAGAUGAAAAAGGAAAGUAAAUUGGGGGAAUGAGUUAAUUUUAGUGUUGUGAAGUUGCUGUGUCGGAUUUAGACCAUAAGGUGGAUCACUGGAGACUCGUUCGAAAGACGGUCUUCCUUUUUAUUAGGAUCCACCCCCAUCUUCAUCAUCGCUAUUUAUUCUCCUCUUACUCUACAUUAUCACUAUUGUCAUUGUCUCCUCUUUUUUCCUUUCUUUUCCUUGAAAGAAGAAGAACUCUGCUGAAGAAUGGCAACCCAAGCAGAUCAUUCACCGGGGAACCAGAACAAUGGAAGAUCAACAACAAAUGAGAGGAGGGCAAACUACAACGACUGGUUACCUGUAACGGCCUCGAGGGAGGCCAAGUGGUGGUACUCAGCCUUCCACAAUGUCACGGCCAUGGUGGGGGCAGGAGUCCUGGGAUUGCCUUUUGCCAUGUCACAGCUCGGCUGGGGGGCAGGACUGGUGGCAAUAGUAGUGUCGUGGGCAAUAACGUUAUAUUCGUUGUGGCAACUGGUGGAGCUGCACGAGGCGGUGCCGGGAAAAAGGUUUGACAGAUAUCCGGAGCUGGGAGAAGAAGCAUUUGGGAGGAAAUAUGGGUACUGGCUGAUAAUGCCACAACAGAUGUUGGUGCAGGUGGCAUCUGACAUUGUAUACAACGUGACAGGAGCCAAAUCCCUGAAGAAGACCAUCGAACUGCUCUUCCCUCACAUUCACCACAUCCGUCAGACUUACUACAUCAUCUUCUUCGCAGCUCUUCAGGUAGUCCUCUCUCAAAGCCCCAACUUCAAUUCCCUCAAAGGAGUCUCCCUCCUCGCAGCCAUCAUGUCCUUCUCCUACUCUAUGAUCGCUUUCGUCGCCUCCAUCGUGAAGGGCACCCACUACCACUCUUCCUCUCACGGUGUCCGCUCUCACACCACUGCUGGCAUCGUCUUUGACGCUUUGAACGGCAUGGGGACCAUAGCUUUCGCUUUUGCAGGACACAGUGUGGUUCUUGAGAUCCAAGCCACCAUUCCUUCAACUUCCGAGGUUCCUUCCAAGAAGCCCAUGUGGAAGGGAGUCAUCGUCGCUUAUAUAAUCGUCAUCCUCUGCUACCUUUCAGUCGCCAUCUCAGGUUUCUGGGCGUUUGGCCAUCUUGUCGAAGAUGAUGUUCUCAUCUCACUCCAGAGACCUUCCUGGCUCAUAGCUGCUGCUAACUUCAUGGUCUUUAUCCAUGUCAUUGGAAGCUAUCAGGUCUUUGCAAUGCCAGUGUUCGACCAAAUCGAAUCAUGCCUGGUGAAAAACCUCAACUUCACUCCUUCCACCAUGCUUCGUUUUGUAGCCCGCACCAUAUACGUAGCAUUGGUGUGUUUUGUAGCGGUGUGCGUUCCCUUCUUCGGAGGGCUGCUGGGGUUUUUCGGAGGCCUCGUCUUCACAUCCAUAUCCUACUUCAUGCCUUGCAUAAUGUGGCUGGUCAUGAAGCGGCCUAAACCAUGGAGCUUCCACUGGUUGGCAUCUUGGGUGAGCAUUAUUUCAAUCAUCGUCGGAGUCUUGAUCGCCUUGUUCGCCCCCAUUGGAGGAGCAAGACAGAUCAUCCUUCAAGCCAAAACCUACAAGCUCUUCUCUUAACCCUACACACACUUCA